AUGCCCUACAUUUUGAUCAGAGGUAAUCUAGCAUCGUACGGGCACAAAAAUCCUUGGCGUGUUUUGGUGUCCGGCUUGAAAGCUGGUGACAUUGAACAACUUAAAAGAUUUGCUUGUGGGGGCUAUUGUGAUGAUUCAACAAUUGUUUAUCUUCAACAUCCUUGCGUAAUCCUCAGUGCAUUAGAGGUCCUGGGUUACAAAGUUGUGGCUUCUAGUUCAACUGCCGUCAAACAAGAUUAUAAUGAAUAUAUGUGGACUAUGAGAAAAGAAUUUUCAGAACCUGAACCUUCAAUAAUUGUUGAGCAAGAUAACAUUACAAACUUUAGUAAAGAGGCUAUGCACUAUCAGCAUUCUAAUAAGGACGAAGAGUUUCUAAAG